GGUCGCAUAAACACACAGGUGAGAGGGGGGUUGAGCCGUGUUUAAAACUCCGUAAACACACUGAACUGAGCUCUGAAUUAAAGUUAGUGAAGCUCUGAACUGAUCAUGAAGACAUUUAUCUCCCUGUUAUAUUUACGCUCUUUAAAAGAUAAUCCUCACAUUAUUGAACCACAUGAUAAAAACCUGAAAUUAAUAGCCUACACAGGCUCGCAGUGUUGCCAGAUUGGGUGGUUUCAUGCCAAAUAUCGAGUUGUGUCAGAAAUUGUCUGGAGGAAACGCUGUGAUUUGACGGGUGAACAAAACUUACCAAGUGUUAGAAGUUUGGAAAUUGAACUCCUCAGUGUUGAAGUUAGAUAUUUAACCUGGCAGAGACAGAGCUUUUAGUCCUGCUGAUAGAAAUUUGAAGCUGUGUUUAUGUUCGUUAUUAUAUGAGUAUUUCUUUCUUUCAUUUUUUCCACUUUUUUUGUGAUAUUUAGGAUAUUUAAGGUAUUUUAUUUGAGAUCAUAGUCUCAGCGCAAAACUGUGUAACUCAACACCUUGUUUUAGUAUAAUUUCUUACUUUUUCUUUUAUUAUGUACAUUAUUUUAGGUGUUCAUAGGUUGCAUUCGUUUUAAACUCUAUAUAUUGUCAAACUUUUUCAUAGUAUUUCAUUUAAAGACUCAAAACAAAAUUUUAGUACGUUUUAGGGCGACUUUUAGUUUGACAGAAAAUCGUUUGGACUCUCGCCAAAAUGUUGCUAGAAUUAUAAUGCUCCGUCCCAGCUCGGCCAGACGAAUGACUGACACUCAGAUCAAAGAGAGUUCCGGACUGAAGAUGGUCUGCGCGCCGGUGACGUCACCCAAGUGCGGACCCAGAGGAAGGGCUCGUGGCGCUGUUUGGGACAGAACCCGAGAGUAGAGCGACGGUAGGUGGAAGAAGCUGAGGAGAGACGGGAGUGCAUUAGAAGAUUCUGGGACCAGAGACAUUCUGUGGUUGUCCAUCCUUAAAAACAAACCAUGGAACAGGGUCCUCAAAAAUCAUUAGAUGAUGUCCUGCACAGAGUCUUACAGAGACACAAAAAUAACAUGAAGGACAAGUAUGAGAACUUGCUUAAAGGAUUACAUCAUCCAGAUAAAACUCUCUUGAACAAAAUGUACCCAAAUUUGUACAUUUCUGAGGAGAAACAAAGUGAAGAGUUGAAGGAAGAACAUGAGGUUUUACAGAUGGAGAAAAUGCCCAGAAAACACCUACAGAACACUUCAAUCAACUGUGCAGAUAUCUUUAAAUGUACACAAGGUCCUGUAGAAGAAACAGAAAGAAAAGAUGAUGAAGGAAUAAAAGUGCAGAAACUCAGAAGUGUGUUGACCAAAGGGAUUUCUGGUAUUGGAAAAACUGUCUCUGUGCAGAAGUUUGCUCUGGACUGGGCUGAAGGAAAAGCUAAUCAGGAUGUAGAUUUUAUGCUUGUUCUUCCAUUUCGGGAACUGAACUUGAUAAAGGGUGAUCCGUACAGUCUUCAUGGACUACUGUGUGCCUUCCACCCUGAGCUCCAAGAUCUGGAUCCAAACAUCUAUGAUGAGCACAAAGUUGUGUUUAUUUUAGAUGGUCUGGAUGAAAGCAGAAUUCAGCUGAACUUCUCAAACUGUGAGAAAAUAUCUGACAUAAACACGACUUCAUCAUUAGAUGUAUUGAUGUCAAACCUGAUCAAAGGAGAAUUGCUUCCCUCUGCUCUCAUCUGGAUAACAUCCAGACCAUCAGCAACCAAACAGAUCCCUCCUCAGUUCAUUGAUCGUAUGACAGAAAUGGAGGGAUUCAGUGACCCACAGAGGGACGAGUACUUUAGGAGGGAAAGCGGUGAUGAAGACCAAGCUCAGAAAAUCAUCUCACACAUCAACACAGUGAGGAGCCUUCAGAUCAUGUGCCAAAUUCCUGACUUCUGCUGGAUCUCAAACACUGUUCUUCAGCAAAUAGUCAAGCAAAGUGAUACAGAAAUCCCUAAAACCCUGACUGAAAUGUACUCCCACUUCCUGCUCUCUCAGAUCAACAUGAAGAAUGAGAGAGACCCAAAGAAACUGCUAGAAUCAAACAGAACUGGUCUUCUGAAACUGGCUGAACUGGCUUUCAAACAGCUGAUGAAGGGAAAUUUGGUGUUCUAUGAAGAAGACCUGAGAGAGAGUGGCAUUGAUGCCACUGAGGCCUCAGUGUAUUCCAGGAUUUUUACUGAGAUCUUUAGGGAGGAAUGUGUUCUUUACCAGAGGAAGAUUUACUGCUUUAUUCAUCUAAGCUUUCAGGAGUUCCUGGCUGCUGUUUACGUAUUUUGCUGCUAUGAGAACAAGAACACAGAGGUAUUGGAGGAUUUUAAACCACAGCCUAGUAAGAGGCCUGUGUAUGGCUGUUUUAAUCCGAAGUUUAGAGAGUGGUCGAAGAAGGUUUCACUGGAUGAGCUGCUGAUGGGAGCAGUGGAUAAAGUCUUGAAGAAUCAGAACGGACACCUGGAUCUUUUCCUCCGAUUCCUGCUGGGCAUCUCUCUGGAGUCCAAUCAGAGACUCCUGCAGGUUCUACUGACACUCGAACACAGCAGAUCUGAGAAAACUGCAGAGUACAUCAGGACAAUAAUUAAAGAACUUGAUGAUGAUCAACAGUGCCCCUUUUCAACUGAACGAUCCAUCAAUUUGUUUCUCUGUCUAUCUGAAAUGAAUGAUCAGUCUAUCUCCAGAGAGCUUCUGGAGUAUAUAAAGUCAGAGAAACACUCAAACGAGAAGCUCUCUCCUGUACAGUGUUCAGCACUGGCCUAUAUGCUUCUGAGUUCAGAGGAGGUGCUGGAUGAACUAGACCUGAAGAAAUACAAAGCAUCAUCAGAGGAUGGCUAUUCGAGACUGCUUCUGGCUGUGGGUGUCUGCAGGAAAGCUUUAAUACGUAGCUGUUUUAGCACACUGUAUCCCACCACUUGUGAAAUUCUAAGCUCAGCUCUACAAUCAUUAAACUGCCCCCUGAAAGAGCUGGACCUCAGUAACAUUUGUAUAGAGGAUUCAGCAGUGGAGACACUCUUUUCGGGACUGAAAAGUUUGCAUUGUAAACUGGAGACACUCAGACUAGCUAUCUGUAAUCUUGGGGGAAAGGCUUGUGAAAUUUUGGGAUCAGCUCUACAGUCAGUCAAUUCCUCCCUGAAAGAGCUGGACCUCAGUUACAAUGACUUGCGGGAUUCAGGAGUGGAGAGGCUCUCUGCUGGGUUGAACAGUCCACACUGUAAACUGGAGACACUCCGACUUGCAGGCUGUUUUCUCACUGUGAACUCCUGUGAAUGUCUGGGAUCCGUGCUACAAUCAGUGAAGUGUCCCCUGAAAGAGCUGGACCUCAGUAACAAUAAUCUGCAGGAUUCAGGAGUGCAGCUGCUCUCUGCUGGACUGAUGAGCUCACACUGUAAACUGGAGACACUUGGACUUUCUAUCUGUCAUCUUGGGGAAAAGGCCUGUGAACAUUUAGGAUCAGUUUUACAAUCAACAAACUCUUCACUGAAGGACCUGAACCUAAGUAACAAUGACCUGAGUGAUUCUGGAGUGGAACUGCUCUCUGCUGGACUGAAGAUUUCACAUUGUAAACUGGAGACACUCAGGUUGUCUGGUUGUAUGGUCACCGAGGAAGGCUGUUCUUCUCUGGCUUCAGCUCUAAAAUCAAACCCCUCCCACCUGAAAGAACUGGAUCUGACCUAUAAUCACCCAGCAGAAUCUGGAGUGAAACUGCUCUCUGACAUAUUGGAGGAUCCAAACUGUGCGCUGCAAAACCUACAGGUUAAACCUGGAGGGAAGAUGUGGAUGAAACCAGGACUAAAGAAAUAUGCGUGUGAGCUCACUCUCGAUCCAAACACUGCAUACGUAGAUCUCUACCUUUCGGAGGAAAACAGAAAGGUGGAGCGUGAUUAUCAGAAAUAUCAGACACGUGCAGAUCAUCCAGACAGAUUUGACGUUCAAAAGCAGGUCCUCUGUGUCGAGAGUCUGAGUGGACGCUGCUACUGGGAGGCUGAGUGGGAUGGGAGGGGGGCAGCUAUUGUUAUGUCAUACAAAGGUAUAAAGAGAAAAGGAUAUGGUUUGGACUGUCUCUUUGGGGCCUGGAAUCAGUCCUGGAGUAUAGAGGGGAAUAUUAAUAACAGUUACACCUUUUGGCACAACUGUCAUCUGACUUCCAUAUCUGCCCCCGUCCCUCUCUCCCGCAGAGUAGCUGUGUAUCUGGACUGGGUGGCCGGCACACUGUCUUUCUACAACAUUUCACCCAACUCACCAACACCCAUCCAUGUAUACACAGUCCACCACACAUUCACUGAGCCGCUCUACGCUGGGUUUAGGCUUCGUUCCCGUUCCUCAGUUUGUCUGUGUAACACAGAAUAGCUGCUGCCCGAGAUGCAGAUUUACAUUAGACUUGAGUCACAAAUAUAACCACUUUAGACCUUUAGACAAAAUACAAAAGAUGUCUUAACCUUAAACUAAACCAUUAGCUGGCUAAUAAUUUUGAAAUGAAUUUAAAAAAAUGCAUAUUAAUAUUUUUUUUUUAUAAAUGUAUGCACAAAUACGGGAAACUUUUACUAGAUCUGAUUAAACUCAAUCUUGUUUACAGUGCUUGGAGGUGAACUUUUAUUAUCUUUGGGUUGGGCAGUUUUGACAGCCAUUUCUCAACUGUAAAUAGUUGAAGCUUAGAGCCCAUGGGUGGAGUGUACUAUUUAUUGAAGUCACUGACUUCAACUACACACACUACUCACUGUCAAUGCAAAUCCCUGGGACCACAGCCACAGCAAAUAAUAAAAUAUAUGCCACAUACAUAUCUGUUGUUCCCAAUAAAUCAUCACUUUUUCCAUAAAUAGGUUUCUUUCAUAAUUUUUUUUGAAUAUUUAAAAAAAAAGUUUUUAAUAUUUUCUAUUAUAAUUUCUGUUUUCUGGGUGACAUUUAAUAAAAUAUUUGGAAAUCUCUCUUACAAGAAGCAUUUCUCAGCCCUGGUCCUGAAAGCACCCUUCCCUGCAAACAUACACAUGAUUCAACUAAUCCGCUUGUUAAAAGCACUUUUAGCAUUUUCAGGGUUUGUGAUAGAGCACUAAAUUGUGCAGGGUAUUGUGCCUCCAGGGCCACGCUUGUGAAACACUGUUCAUAAAAUACAUUUUCAUAUUAAAGGCUUAAUUAACUUUUCCUUUCUAGUAAUUAAACCAAAACUAAAUCUGAGCUUACUCUAAUUGAACAGUGAUGACUUCUGGAAUAAGUUAGGGGUGGUUGACUAGAGCUUAAACAUGCCCCCAACAAUAAUUACACAUCAUUCACUGUGUUUACUUUCCUCCUUACUUUCCUGUGUUUUCUUUGCUGCUCAUUGUUUCUUUUUUUCAGAAGUCAUAAUUAAGUCAUUUUUGUAAAGAAAUGUUUUUAAACAUAACUUUACUGUUAGUUUAUUAAACAAUCAUAUUUAUA